CAGCCGCCCGGUCCGCGGUGGGAGGGGUCUACCGGAGCUGCCCUCUACCGGACCGGAGCAGCUUCAGUCCGGGCUGCAGACGGAGGAGCUCAGAGGACGAACCGCUGCCGGAGCGCAUUAAGGUGGAAUUAGAUUUAUCAUCGUGUUGAUGCAGGAGCUGAGAGCUGCACGUUUCUCCUGCUGGACCUGCAGGAAGGAGCAGCUUCACAUGGAGGAUUUCUGCUGCAAACCUCCAAACAUGCGGAGAAAUUAAAGUUGUUUCUGCGCCUCGGAGACUUUCGUCUGCUGGCGGCGGAGGACGCAUGGGCUUGGCGCAUCGGGAAGUCCGGCUCAGGCUCCGAUGGCUGAUCUGGAACUGUUCUACUUUGAGCAUCAGCCCGAACCGAAGGACGCCUCGCUGCUGCUGCUGAAGGGUGUCAGCGGGGGGAAGUGGCUUCAUCCCGGCGGAGGAGACGCUCCGGAGCCCCGGAGAGCUGCGCGCCCCGAGGAGGAGACGUCCUUCACUGGUAAGCAUGAAGAGGAGGAGGAGGAAGGUGUCCAGCUGACUCAGAGCUCCUCCAGUGAACUGUACGAGGAGGAGGAGGUGAUGGAGGAGGAAGAGGAGGAGGACAUCCAGGAACUUUACUUGCUCUCCGACGACGACCUCUCCACCGACGGCUCCGGGAAGUCGGUGGAUUACGGCUUCAUCAUCGCGGUGACCUGCCUGGUGACCGGCAUCUCCCUGGUGGCCAUCUCCUACACGGUGCCCCGGGACGUGCGCGUGGACCCGGACAGCGUGUCCGCCCGGGAGAUGGAGCGUCUGGAGCGGGAGAAAGCCCGGGUGGGAGCCCACCUGGACCGCUGCGUGAUCGCCGGGCUGUGCCUGCUGACCCUCGGCGGCGUGCUUCUGUCCACGCUGCUCAUGGUGUCCAUGUGGAAGGGCGAGAUGAUGCGCAGGAGAGCCUUCGCCUUCUCCAAACACGCCGCCAGGCUGUACGGCUCCGUGAGCCUGAGAGGAGGCUCCAGCCCCACGCACCUGUCAGCUGACGAGGAUUUAGAGGCGCUCAGCUGAAUUUAGGGACGAGACAAGCGGAAAAGACUCGGAAAGUCCUGGAAAUCCUGACAGCUCUGUCCUCUAAUCGGAGGGUUUAAGCCUUUUUAAUUUCUGACAGCUGAGGCUGCUUCUUUAAACCCUCUGGACCCCCACUGGCUCGUUUUUACCCACUGUGGGCUCGUUUUACUCUGUAAAGUCCUGUACCUCUGUGGAAACAACACAACCAGGACUAGGACCGUUCAUUUAUUAAAUCUGCAACCUGUCAAAGUUUUAAUGGCAUAAAUCCUGAAACAAAAAAAGGAAAACAAAAACAAGCAAAAGUUGAAUUUCUUGGAUCAUUUAUUUUUCAAAAAUGAAGAAACUUGCCAUCAAUGCCUAGAACAUAUUUCCAUGUGGCCACAGGAGUUACCAAUACUGGAUAGAAAAAUGGUGGCUCUAUAUAUUAAAAUAGACUCAGUACUUAUCACAUUUUAAGUUAUUUCCACAUUACACAGCCUGCAGUUCAGCCAAGUCCCAGAAGUUUUAUGUUCAUAGUUGCACCAAGACAUGCAGAAUUUUUAGUUUUUUCCAGAAUCUGGGUCAAACAAAUGAUUAAUUUUUGGCAAUUUCUUAAAGGAGUCAUGUAGAUUUAAGUGAUUUUGAUGAAAGCUUAGAUUUGGUUGUUUUUCCUGAUGGAAAGAGAGACACUAAAGUUGAAUUUCUUUUCAAUAUUUAUUUUGCAAAAAAUAAAGAAGCCUGCAAUCAAAACAUGUUUCCAAAUGGCCACAGGUGUGACCAAUACUGGAAAGAAAAAUGCUGGCUCUGUGUAUUAAAAUAGUUAUUAUUUAUCACAUUUGAAGUCCCAGAAUUUUUAUCUUCAUCUGUACAACAAGAAGUGCAGAUUUUUUUUUUGUUUUUUUUUACAGAGCAAAUGGUUCCUUUUUGCCAAAUUUUUACAUGAGACAUUGGGAUUAAAGUGACUUUACUGAAAGCUUAGAUUUGGCUGUUUUCCUGAUUGAAAUAAAAGAACAAAAGUUGAA